AUGCGACAUCCUGAUGAAUUCGUUACAAAAUUAAUCGAAUCAAAUCACUGUGCAGCUGUACAGUGUGUUGGCUUGGUACCUUGCCUUUGGAGGUCAACAACUUCCGAAAUGGGCAAACUAUUUUCUAAGCUUUUUGGAAGUAAAGAGAUGCGUAUUCUGAUGCUAGGCCUUGAUGCUGCUGGGAAAACAACUAUUCUUUACCGAUUAAAGCUUGGAUCAAGUGUCAGCACCAUUCCUACAGUUGGUUUCAAUGUUGAGACUGUAACUUAUGGCAAUGUGAAAUUUAAUGUUUGGGAUGUUGGUGGUCAAGAAAAAAUCAGACCAUUAUGGCGUCAUUAUUUCACUGGAAGUCAAGGUCUUAUAUUUGUUGUGGAUAGUUCAGAUCGAGAUAGAAUAGAAGAAGCCAGGCAACAAUUACAUCGGAUAGCUAAUGAUCGAGAAAUGGAAGAUGCUGUUGUCCUGGUGUUUGCAAAUAAGCAAGAUCUUCCUAAUGUACCAUUGUGGUGAGAGCUGGCUGCUAGCCAAAUUGAUAGCCAGUAAUUUACGUCACUCAAAUAUUUGGAUGAAUAUGAUUAAAUAGGAUAAUAAAGUUUUCAAUAGAUUUACUAUUAUUACCAAUAAUGAGAGUAUCACCUACAUAACGUUUAUACAGCAUAAAUUCUCCAAGCAUACCUUGCAUCUGUCUCUCCAAUUUCGACAUUCAGUUUUAUUAGCUAAUGG